CUAAUUAAUUUUGGAUUUUCUCUUUUUUUUCUCAAGCCCUAAUUAUAUCUUUGCUUCUACUCCGAUUCUUGAUCCAGUCAUACAAAAUCUACCCCCAGAAAUAAAAGCACAACUAAUUUAUGCUAACCUUUAUCAACCUUCACACCUAAGAUUAGACAUUUAUGGAGAGUGGAAUGAAAAAAAGAAAGGAUAAUCCAUCCCUUCAAUCAAUGCCAAGUUUCAGUUGAAAAGUGAACCCGACCAAUUACCAACAAAAAAGACAAAACUUUAACUGUGAACUGACAGAGACUUGGAUCUUCCAACAAUUUCCAAAAGCUUUAGCUGUCCUAAUUCUUCUCCAUAGCUUCACUUCCAAGAUCCAGUUUCCCCAGAGCUAGGUCCUGGUAGUGAUUUGUGUGUGCUAAAUCUUCAUAAUGGCCUGUAAUGGUGCAAACCAGCCUUUGCUAUCAGGAUUAGCAACAUCUACAACUCAAAAGACUAAUGGUGAUGCACCAAAGAGGAGAAGACUUCGACGCAUUAGAAGUGCUCCUUUAGCAGAGUUUUGUCCUACUGAUAUCAAUGGUGAUGCUGCACUUCCACGUUCUGAGUCCAUUUUUGGGAGACUUCACCCAAGUUUUAAGAAGGUAGCCUUAUUCUUGACGGUAUACGUUGGCUUAGGCACCAUUUGCUUCUAUAUAAUCAGGAACCAAAUUAAAGGGGAUAAAACAAAUGGAAUUCUUGAUGCUGUUUAUUUCUGUGUUGUUACAAUGACAACUGUUGGAUAUGGUGACCUUGUUCCUAACAGCAACCUCGCAAAACUACUAGCCUGUGCUUUCGUCUUCACCGGAAUGGCUCUAAUCGGACUUGUACUGACCAAAGCUGCAGACUACUUGGUAGAGAAGCAAGAAACAUUGCUGGUUAAAGCCUUCCAUAUGCAUAAAAAAGUUGGUGAACUUGAGAUUCUAAAGGAGAUUGAGAAUAAUAGGGUGAAAUACAAGUUUUAUACAGCCUUGAUCCUUCUUGUUUUGCUUAUAUUAUCCGGGACCGUCUUCCUAUAUAAAGUUGAGAAUUUAGACCUUGUUGAUGCAUUCUAUUGCGUUUGCUCUACCAUCACAACCUUGGGAUAUGGAGAUAAAAGCUUUUCAACUAAAGGGGGUCGUAUUUUUGCUGUAUUUUGGAUAUUGGCUGGCACUAUUUGCCUGGCUCAGUUUUUUCUCUACAUUGCUGAGCUAAACACUGAGAACAGACAAAAAGCACUGGCCAAGUGGGUUCUUACCCGAAGAGUGACAAAUGUGGAUUUGGAGGCAGCUGAUCUUGAUGAUGAUGGAGUUGUUGGGGCUGCUGAGUUUGUUCUAUUCAAACUUAAAGAGAUGGGGAAGAUUUGCCAAGAAGAUAUUUCACUUAUCAUGGAGGAAUUUGAGGUGCUGGAUGUCGACCAGUCUGGAACCUUGUCGGUAUCUGACAUAAUUCUAGCUCAAUCAGUUGAAACUAAGAGGUCAUAGACACCAUACAUGUAAAAGAACAGUUAGCAUUAGCCGCCUUCUGUUGGCUGAACAAGUGAAUAAUCCUAGAGCUAUUCACUAAAUCUGUAACACCAACUUUUAAUCAUUUAUAUAUAUAACUGUUUCCAGUUAUUGACUAAUUGCUCUUCAACAAGUUGUUCACAGCCACUGCCUAUGAAGGAUGGACAUGGACACAUAAUACAGGUCAAUGAUUCC